AUGAAAAUAGGAGAGACUGAAUGUGCUAUUUUCGCAGCUGCAGAGAUGCAGAGAGAACUGGAGACCAUUACUGGAGAAGUGAGAAGAAUUAAAGUCCUUUACUUCCACAGGCAUGGCUGCGGGACUGGGGGCGGGGUUGAGCAGCCCCACCUAUUCUGUGCCUAUCAUGGCAGCAGCAAUGACCUUCUUUUCAAAGAUAUUAAGAGGUGGCUUGCGGAUUUGAGAGGAAGCCACUUGACCUGGGCCUUCUCUUGGUCCUACAAAAGGAGGUACAAGAUGGGAUAUAUCUGGCAAGACGUACUGGAUGACGAUCUUUUGAUGCCUAUAUCUCUAUCAGUUUAUCCUUCCUGGAUCGAGUCUUGUUUAUGCGACGAUGAAGCAUCCACUGGUAAUAAUGUAUCCAGUUCCAGAGAAGAAGUCAGAGACAAGUACCCCCAUUCCUCGCAGACAGAAUCACCCACAUUACUACAACAAUGCCCUCUCCCCAGCUCAGACACAUCAACGUUGACCAUCAUCAAAUCAGUGCAUCUCGAGGAUGAUGGGAAGCAUUCUGGUGUGAGUGAACCCAACAACCAUAGUCACUGUAAUAUUUCUUUCAAAUUUGGCUUGCUACGUAAGAAAAACAUGGAGAAUUGUGAGAGGAUCACUGGAGGGAUGGCUAGAACACCUGUUUCUUCCGUUUCAACCUUGUCAUCUGCUCAAACUCCAUUAACAGAGAGCAAGAGGCGUUAUAAGGGAACAUCCCAAAAGUUCAGGAAUCUAAUUACAUGUGGUGCCACAGAUACAAACGAUGCAGUCUUGGUGAUGAUUGAUUAG